CCGGCGCGGGGAGCUCCGUGCAGCCGCCCCGGGCUCCGCUCUGCAGCCGCUAUGGGCUGGGCUGCCCCUCUCGGGACCCUGCUGCUGCUACUCCUGCGGGUGCCGGCUGCCCGCGGCUCCUGGGGGCUGGAGGAGGAGGAGAGCCUGGAGCAGCAGCCGGGGUACCGCGACCCCUGCAAAGCCGCUGCCUUCUGGGGAGAUAUUGCUUUAGAUGAAGAGGACUUGAAGCUGUUUCAGAUAGACAGAACUAUUGAUUUAACAAAGCAUUUGGAUGAGAAUACAAGACACACUACAGGUGGCCUAGGGGAGCAGUCUGCCGGGCCCAGCCAGAACACCACGGCAACCAGUCGUAGUAGCAAAAAAGUUAAAAAGGAUGGCAGGAGGAAUGCCACACUCUCAAGGAGGCCGACGGAGGAGGAGGAUGAUAAAGACCUGCCUCUCUCAGCCGCGGGCUCCUCUCCCAGAAUCCGCAGGGCAACCACAUCCAGGGCAGAGAGAAUCUGGCCCGGAGGGGUCAUACCCUAUGUCAUUGGAGGAAAUUUCACUGGCAGCCAAAGAGCUAUUUUUAAACAGGCCAUGAGGCACUGGGAGAAGCACACCUGUGUGACUUUUGUGGAGAGGACUGACGAGGAGAGCUUCAUUGUGUUCACGUACAGAACCUGUGGUUGCUGCUCAUAUGUGGGUCGCCGAGGGGGUGGUCCCCAGGCCAUAUCCAUCGGCAAGAACUGUGAUAAGUUUGGCAUCGUGGCCCACGAGCUGGGCCAUGUGGUUGGGUUUUGGCACGAGCACACGCGGCCCGACCGGGACCAGCAUGUCACAAUCAUCAGAGAAAACAUACAGCAAGGUCAGGAGUACAACUUCUUAAAGAUGGAAGCCGGGGAAGUGAAUUCUCUGGGAGAGACCUAUGACUUUGACAGCAUCAUGCACUACGCCCGGAACACCUUCUCAAGAGGGGUCUUCCUGGACACCAUCCUUCCCCGUCGAGAUGACAAUGGGGUUCGGCCAACUAUCGGUCAACGCAUUCGGCUGAGUCAGGGAGACAUUGCUCAGGCGAGGAAGUUGUACAAGUGCCCAGCUUGUGGGGAGACCUUGCAGGACACGACGGGGAAUUUCUCUGCUCCUGGUUUUCCAAAUGGCUAUCCUUCCUAUUCCCACUGCGUGUGGAGAAUAUCUGUGACUCCUGGGGAGAAGAUCAUUUUAAAUUUCACAUCGAUGGACUUGUUUAAAAGUCGCCUGUGCUGGUAUGAUUAUGUGGAGGUGCGUGAUGGCUACUGGAGGAAGGCUCCCUUGUUAGGUAGAUUUUGUGGUGAUAAAGUCCCCGAGCCUCUUAUCUCCAUGGAUAGCAGGCUGUGGAUCGAGUUCCGGAGCAGCAGCAAUAUCCUGGGCAAAGGCUUCUUUGCAGUUUAUGAAGCAAUUUGUGGUGGAGAAAUUCACAAGGAUGCUGGCCAGAUUCAGUCUCCCAAUUACCCAGAUGACUACCGACCUUCCAAAGAAUGCGUCUGGAGGAUCACGGUUUCCGAGGGGUUUCAUGUAGGACUCACGUUCCAAGCAUUUGAGAUUGAGAGGCACGACAGUUGUGCUUAUGACUACCUGGAAAUCCGAGAUGGCCUCACUGAGGACAGCCCUUUGAUUGGACACUUUUGCGGCUACGAGAAGCCAGAAGAUAUCAAAUCCAGCUCAAAUAAAGUGUUGAUGAAGUUUGCAUCUGAUGGGUCCAUCAAUAAAGCAGGGUUUGCAGCAAAUUUCUUUAAAGAGGUGGAUGAAUGUUCUCGGCCGGACAACGGUGGGUGUGAGCAGCGCUGCGUGAACACGCUCGGCAGCUACAAGUGCGCCUGUGAACCUGGCUACGAGCUGACGGCUGAUAAAAAGAGCUGUGAGGCUGCCUGUGGGGGCUUCAUCACCAAGCUCAAUGGGACCAUCACGAGCCCUGGGUGGCCCAAGGAAUAUCCCACUAACAAAAACUGCGUCUGGCAGGUGGUCGCUCCAGCCCAGUACCGGAUCUCUCUGCAGUUUGAAGUCUUUGAGCUGGAAGGCAAUGAUGUCUGUAAAUACGACUACGUAGAAGUUCGCAGCGGGCUGGCUUCUGAUUCCAAGCUCCAUGGCAAAUUCUGCGGCUCAGAGAAGCCAGAAGUGAUCACAUCCUAUAGCAACAACCUGAGACUGGAGUUCAAAUCAGACAACGCGGUAUCCAAAAAGGGAUUCAAAGUGCACUUCUUUUCUGAUAAAGAUGAAUGCUCCAAAGACAACGGCGGAUGUCAGCACGAAUGUGUCAACACGUUUGGGAGCUACGUCUGCCAGUGCAGGAAUGGGUUUAUGCUGCAUGAAAACGGCCACGAUUGCAAAGAAGCUGGCUGUGAGCACAAAGUGAGCAGCGCAGAAGGAACAAUGGCGAGUCCAAACUGGCCUGAUAAGUACCCCAGCCGGAAGGAAUGCACCUGGAACAUUUCCGCGACUCCCGGCCACCGGGUGAAAAUCACGUUCAGUGAGUUUGAGAUUGAGCAGCACCAGGAGUGUGCCUACGACCACUUGGAAAUGUACGACGGCCCCAACAGCAAGUCGCCCAUCCUUGGCCGCUUCUGUGGCAUCAAGAAACCGGAUCCGGUGGUGGCAUCUACUAACAAGAUGUUCCUCAGGUUUUACUCUGAUGCAUCUGUGCAAAGAAAAGGCUUCCAGGCAAAGCAUAGCACAGAGUGCGGCGGGCGCCUGAAGGCUGACGUACGAUCUAAAGAGCUGUAUUCCCAUGCCCAGUUUGGGGAUAACAAUUACCCAGUCCAGUCCAACUGCGACUGGGUUAUCGUGGCGGAAGAUGGCUACGGAGUCGAAUUAAUAUUUCAGACGUUUGAACUAGAGGAGGAGGCCGACUGCGGCUACGACUACAUGGAGAUCUACGACGGCUAUGACAGCACCGCACCCCGCCUGGGACGCUUCUGUGGCUCAGGGCCCCUGGAAGAAAUCUACUCUGCGGGGGAUUCCAUCAUGAUCCGAUUCCAUACGGAUGACACCAUCAAUAAGAAAGGCUUUCAUGCCCGAUACACGAGUACCAAAUUUCAGGACGCGCUGCACAUGAGAAAGUAGCUUGGAUGUUCCUCAUAGACGUUCCCAGGUGGGGGAGUGAGACAUCUACCUGGGAUUGUUUUUAAACUCCUGGGCGCCUGACCUAAAGCAAUGCACAGUAUUUUUCUCUAACUAAAACUGAAUGCAGUCCUGAAGGCUUGCCUUUGAAAUUACUAGCAUGACCCUCUCUCGCUAACAUACCCAGGACCCAGUAUUUUCUCCUAAUCGUGACUGCCAGGGCAUCAACUUGGUAUUUUUGCGCACCUGGCCACUGGGCUGAAUGAAGAAAGAGUUUGAACUGGAAGAAGCCUUAGUCUAUUGCAUCCUCCCGGUUAGGGUGGCUCUUAGUAAGUAGCAUACACAGUAGCUGUCUUAACACAUCCUACUGUGAAACAGACGACGUGGAUAGCCACCAAAUGGGAUGGCCUUAAAGGAACAUGGGGCUGCCUACCUACCCCUUCCUCACCAGCUCGAACUGCUCUGUGCAAUAAGUGGAAAACCACACAGUUGUGACUCCAGAUAGCCAGAUUCAUUUUUAUUUAUUGUUUUGGUUAUUCUGCCUGUGUGUAAAGGUGACACACGGCCACUGUAAGACUGCUAGCUAAUUGCACCAUGUUCAACAGGAAGUCCACAGCGCCACAGGUGCAGAAACCCCACAGGGUAUGUGUCAUAACAGAAGCACUCUGAAAUGAUGGCUAAGGACUAAGGCUGUGACUAAUAGCAACUGCUGUGGCAUUAGCUAGGAUAAAAAUUUGGAAGGAUAUCAACCCAGACCUUCCUUGCACCAGCUGCUCGCUAGCCAGAGUCGGGAAGCAAUCUUCCCCCACAGGAUUCCAGAUUCGCUGGCUCCCCGUCCUGGCCUGUCUACCAAUCCCUAUGUUCUUAAAUAAGAACACUUCUCCCUACCCCGUCUUUGCUUGCAAAACGCCUGGUUACGCAGGAUGGUUUUAUUGCACAGAUUUCCUUCCCUUCCUCCUCCGCUAAAUUAUUGCUUCUUUAUAAUACCACCUCUGCCUUUGAGUUCUCUAUUUCUCUUUCCACCUGUGGUGCUUUCUCAUUGUUUCGCUGACUCAUUGUUCUGUGUGAUUAACUUGUCAGCGUCCAGCCAGUUUUCUUGAUUCUCUUGAAACACAAGGUAGGAGAAUUCAAGAACUACUCAACACCUGCCCUGCUGGUGACCCAACUGAUCCAAGGCAGAGAACUUGUAGCACAAAGCAACACUCAACCCCACACAACUCUGGCAACAUGUCAAAUGCAUGGACACUCUAGUGAACAGACUGAGCGUGUUGGCUGGGAAGUCGGCGGUCAGCUGGCUUCUGUUUCCACUUGAGUCGCUGUAUGACAUUAAGCAGGUCCCUUAACCUUGCUGUGCCUCUGUUACUGAUGCUGCUUUAAUUUUGGUUAAAGCACACUGAGAUCUAGAUCUGACAACUGGAAAAAUAACUAUGUACAUGGCAACCACUGGGUUAACCAACGAUCGAGCCAUGGGUUUGGAGAAUUAACUAGCCGUUUGGCACUUCUUUCAGAGAGAAACUGAGCCUUUUAACAAACCAUUGUAAAGCAUCCUGCUGUAGACUAGUAAAGAGUUGAUCAUGAAUGGCAUUUCCUUAAGACACACACAUGGGCAUUACAGCUAAAAGCUGUGGUAUGUUAGCUUUAAUGAAGUAUUUAUAAUUGAAUGAUUAAUAUGUUUACAUAACCAAUGUACUGUUAGGCUACAGAGAGACGCCCUUUCACUAGGUGUGAACUCUAGUAAGCGCAGCCUGGUGUCAAAUGCCAGGCACAAAAGUGUUCUUGGGGGACAGGUUUGUUUCCAAAUGUGUUAUAAACAAAAUGCCACCCCUGCAAAAGUUCUUAAAUGAAGUAGGUGUCCAAGUAUUGUGAAUACGGAGGUGAAGCAAAUGCAUGAAAAUAUUUUCUUGCUGAAAACAAGAAAAGCAAAGUAAUAUAUAUACAAUAUAUAUAAAAAUAAAUGCAUGUAAAAGACCAGUAGUGUAAGCCUUACACAGUGUAGUGUGAACGAUACUGUAUCAUUGACCAUAGCUUUUCUACAGGCCAUUUGAAACCAUAUUACUUAGUGCUUGUUUUUUUAGAUCUGCUUUGUUUCUCUUCAAAGUUUAUUUGUGGCCUUCUCUUGCAAGCUUAAGACAAGGUAUGUGAUCUCUCACUGUGGUACACUGGAGCCUGUUGCAUGAGUAAAGAACUCAGGGCCAGGAAUAUAAUCUCUGCUUCUAGCAAAAUAGAAUCAAAGUCGUGAAUUGCAUUGCAGGCUGAAAUUCAUACUAUAGCGCCUCUCUGGUUGGAGUGAAGUCUGUCUGGAGAGGGAAAAGUUACUUUAGAAGCUUCCUUUGAAAUUACGUAUUUUCGCUUCACCUUUUAGCAUCAUUUCUGAUUUUUCUUGGACAUUGGAUGUAUAUUCUGAUUCAUUGCAAAAGUUUGCAAUGUGGUUUGACCAAUUUGCUACAUUUGUUAGCAUUCAAAUAGGUGGUUUGUGUUACAGUUUAUUAGCAACUGGAUUACUCUGUGCUUUCACCAAGGAUGCGUGCAAAAUUUUCUAUCCAUUCUGUCUUGACUGGGCUUACAGUCAAUAAUUCUAUAUGCCUAAAAGGUUCCUUUUUAAAAAAAAAAGUCCGACUCUUUAAAGUGUAUUUUGGUCUUUAUGUAGUUUUAAAUUUCAUGAA